AUGAAAGUCAAAACCUGUGCCGUACAGAUUAGUGAUCCCGUAGAAAACGGAUCGCCGCGAACGUCUGCCAAUGACGUCGAGAUUUACGGGGAGACUCGUGUAAACCGCUCUCAUAAUGUAUCGUCUUACAUCCCUGCCCAACACAUUCUUUUAUUUAUGUUCUCUGCGCGUAACAGGAGGGUCGGGAACAAUAGGCCGAUUCACUCCGAGGCUUUUAUUUGGCCGGAAGAGACGGCCCCGAGAGCUGCCCCCCGGCCACGCCCAGGCAGGACCCCAGGCCACGCGGUCAGAGGCCCUCCAGCGCCCGUGCACCACCCAUGUUGUGACGUCAUGAUAAAAGAACAAAACAUAUUGCCAGCUUCUGUUACAGAUUAUCGCCAUAAUGAUAACGCGAUUCCAUCGGCAUACAAUACCAGCAUGCAACACAAGCCUUCCCACAAAGGAGAAACGCACAUCCGCCGCCGCACGUACUGGAUCACGGUGCAGGACGUGAACGACGAGCCGCCCCGCUUCAACGCCAGCAGCGUGCUCGAGGUGGAGCUUCCGGAGCGCACGGAGGUCGGCAAGGACACGGGCAUCAAGCUGGUCGUCCUCGAUCCCGACGUCGUCAACCACAACGAGUUCCAGAUCGUGGAAGGCAACGAUUACCAUAAAUUCCGGAUCGACGCGACAACCGGUGACGUGUUGGUCAACCAGCCUCUGGAUUACGACUUCCCGGUCAACGACAGGAAUUUCACGAUGAGGGUGCGGCUGUCCGACGGCGCCAACCAGCCCGCGGAGACGGUCAUCACCAUCGCCGUCACCAACGACAACGACCAGCAGCCCGUCUUCGUCCCCACCAACUACAACUUCACCGUCACCGAGAACGUCAACUGCAGCAUCCAGAUCGGGAAGGUGACAGCCAAUGACCCCGACCUGCCGAUCACCGCCGACCAGAAUAUCCAGUACUUCUUGUCGACCGAAGACGAGAGAAAUUUCACCAUCACGGAGAAAACGGGAGACCUCACUCUCAAGGGCUGCUUGGACCGCGAGGCCGCCAACCGGGGGACGAUGACGCUCUAUCCCUACGCCAUGGACGAGGGCGGGACAGGCCUGGACGCCAUCCCCGCGACGGUCAUCAUCAACAUCAACGACGUGAAUGACAACCACCCUUAUAUUCAGAGCCCGGACGACAGCUACGCCGUCCUGAUGGAGAACCGCGAGCCCAACAGCCCAGGACACAGGGUGGUGAUCCAGCUGGACGACUGGGACAGCGACGAGAACGGCUGCCCUUGCACCCUCGCCUUCGACCAGAACACGCCUUCGGAUAUUAUGCAGAAGUUCGAAGUCACGGGAGGGACCAACUCCCAGUACGAGCUGCGGCCCAAAGUGGUACUGGACCGCGAGCAGCAGAAGGUGUACCGCAUCCCGUUCCGCACCAAGGACCGCUGGGGCGUCGCCGGCACGCGCGUCCUCUCGCUCGAGGUCGGCGACGAGAACGACUCCCCGAUGACGGACGGAGAGAGCGCCAUCAACGUCUAUAAUUAUCAGGGCCAGUUUCCAGACAUCGUGAUCGGUUCCGUGUACGUCACCGAUCUCGACGAUCAUGACGUCACCGACAAGAUCUUCGAGCUCGACCCGUCCUCGCCCUCUGACGGGACGUACUUCGAGGUCAACCUUAACACGGGCAACAUCACCAUGAAGAAGGGCACGCCGGAGGGCACGCACUCGCUCAGGGUCAAGGUAACCGACACCUUCCGCGACGAGACGGCCAUCGGCACGGUCAACAUCCACGUGGUCGACCUGACGGAGGAGGCGGUCAUGCAGUCGGGCUCCUUCCGCGUCGCCAACCACACCGCCCACGACAUCGUCAAGCUGAGUGAGUCCGGCGGCGCCAGCCUGUACGCGCGCCUUCGUGAGCGCAUCGGCCGAGUGCAUGGCAUCGCCGCCGAGAACGUGGACGUGUUCGGCCUGAAGGACGUGGCGGACGGCGUGGACGUGCGCUACAACUGCCACAGUUCGCCCUACUACACGGCGGCGCGCCUCGACGGUCUCAUGCUGGCGUCGCGGGAGCAGAUAAUGGCUGACCUGGGCAUCAGCAUCCCGCUGGUGGACAUCAAUAGCUGCCUGUACGAGUCGCUGUCGCCGUGCCAGGAGAAGUCGUGCCAGCACACGCUGCGCCCGAACCUGACGUCCCCGCUGGUCGUUGCGUCCGACGUCACCACGAUGGUCGGGGUGGACAUCGCCGACGACUACACGUGCGACUGCGGCGCCCUGGAGCCCCCGCACACGGUGUGCCACGACGGCUACUGCCUCAACGGCGGCACCUGCGUCGAGGCCAACCAGACGCUGGUGUGCGAGUGCCCCGACAGCGCCAACUACGGGCCGCGCUGCGAGCUCACCAACGCGCGCUUCGAGAUGGGCUUCGCGUGGUACGAUGCGCCCAAGGUGUGCGACAACUCGUCCUUCUCCAUGGCCUUCGAGACGCGGGACCCCGACGGCUUGCUGCUCUACGCCGGCCCCAUGCUGACCAAGCCGUGGCCGGACUACCCGAAGGACUUCAUCUACGUGGUCCUCAGGAACUGGGUCCUGGAGGCGUACCUCGACCUCGGCUCGGGCACCGUCGGGAUGAAGGUCAACCUCGAGCAGAACAGCAAGCGCUCCUUCGAUUUCUUCCUCUCGUGGACCGACGACGGCAUCAGCCUCGAGGUGCCCAACUGCCUCGGCAACAGCAGCUCCUCCGCGACCGCCUGCAAGAAGACGACGCCCCUGCCCGGCACCAUCAGCCCCAGCGUCCUGCUCAACACGCCGGGGCCCCUGCAGCUGGGGGGCGUGGUGGACACCAUGCCCUCCUUCGAGGAACUGGCCUCCUCCUACGAGUGGACGAUCGUGCCGCCCGUAGUGCAGCCCAUCUUCGGCUGCGUCCUCGAGGUCCGCUACAACGACUACCUCUACGACCUCAACUCCACCGACUACACCAGAUCCACGUACCUGCCGUGCAACGCCCCCACGCCCGCCAAGGUCAUCCUGGGCCAGCAGUCGAUCAUCAUCAUCGUGGUCAGCCUGUCGUGCCUCAUACUGCUCGUCCUCCUCAUCCUGUGUCUGGCGCGUCGGGGCAAGAAGACGAUAUCCCACCCCGAGCUGGACGGCAUCGUCAAGGAGACCAUCGGGGGCACUGACCUCGAGGGCUACGGGGAGAAGGACAUGACCCAGUAUGACCUCAAGCUCCUGCGGGUCGGGCCGGAUGGUCACCUGUUCAAUGACACGGACCCUCAGAAACACCCCGACGAUUCAUUCCAAGCCCAGCCGAUACUGCUACACGACGACCGCCGCCGCCCUCCUGACGUCGUGGACGAUCGCCGGCAGGAGCGCGUGGCCCCCUUGGCUCAGAUGCCGGAUGGCCUUAGCAUCGGGGAUUUCAUCAACGACAACAUCAGGAAGGUGGACAAGGAGCCGACUGACUUCGAUGAUGUCCGCCAUUACUGCUUCGAGGGAGAUGAGAUGUCUAUCGCUUCCCUGUCUUCCAUCGACUCCAGCGCCUCCACGGACAGCGGCAGCCAUGCCUUCGACUACGCCAACGACUGGGGUCCUCGCUUCGAGAAGCUCAACCAGAUCUACCGCCGCGACUCGGACGAGGAGGAGGACAGCGAGUUCGACUUCAACAUCCCGAAGGGGCGCAAGAGGGACACGCUCCCCGGCGGGAAGCCCAAGGGCUCCUCCCCCGCUCAGUCCCCUGCUGACGGCGACGCUCAACGGCCGGGGCGCCCUCGGGACGGGCCCUCGGUCACCUUCGCCACGCCGGAGACGCAGGGCAGCCGGGAGGGCCUGCUGCCGGAGUCGCCGCCGCGCCGGGACUACCACGAGGCCGUCAACCCCAUGGCGGACCUGGACGAGACGGAGGGCGCCGAGUCCUGGUGCUAGAGCAGGCGGUCGGGUCGGGUCGGGUCGGGUCGGGUCGGGUCGGGAGCAGGUCGAGUCGGAGGGAAUGAAACUAAAAGGGAAAAAUAAUGGCGUGGAUAACAGAAAGACCAGGUGUAUGUAGCAUGUUCUAAAGUCGCCUCGUGCAUCGAAGGUGAUUCUGCAUUUAGAGUUAUAAGUCACGUCAGAGGGAAAAGAAUAAUAAAAAAAAGAAGUUUAUAAGUCGCUGACGUUCUGGAAACUUAUGUGUGACCCUUGUGUGACGCGGGACAUUAUUACCUUUAUUAUGGCUUCCCCUCAAAAAAAAAAAAGAGAGAGAAAAAAAAACCGCACCAAUUAUUUCGAUCACAACGCAUCCAUCACCCUCUCCCCCCCCCCCCCCCUCCAUCUACCCCGACCUCAUGACCUUUGACCUGCCUAAGAAAAAAAAGUAUGCCCUCGACCGUGCGGAGGUGUGUGCCU